AUGGAACGUGUGGACGAAGUUAUUGAAAUGAGAUCAGACGCAGCUAAGCAACGAGCUGAUUUACUGCAAUUGAUGCUGGAAGCAGCAAGUCGUGAACAUAUAAAAGAUAAAAACGACGACGUCGAUGAACAAUAUAUUGCAAAAAAAUUGACGUACGAUGAAGUUGUUGCUAACGUUUUUCUAUUUAUGGUGGCCGGUUAUGAGACAACAUCAACAGCUCUUGCCUAUUGUACAUAUGUUUUGGCUAAUUAUCCUGAGGAACAACAUAAAUUACAAGAAGAAAUUGAUGAAUAUUUCUCGCAAAAUGAGAAUGAGACCGAUCCUGACUAUGAUGUGGUAAAUCGUAUGCCAUACAUGGAUAUGGCUAUCAAAGAAGUACUCAGAAUGCAUCCAAUAGCACUAUCACCAGUUAUUAAUCGUGAAUGUACACAGGAAACAGAGGUUUGUGGAAUUAAGAUAACUAAAGGAGCUAUUAUACAACCAGACGUAUAUUCAAUUCAUUUUGAUCAAGAAUUAUGGGGUCCACAAGAUGUGAACGGUUUUUGUCCUGAACGACAUUUGACAAAACGUCAUCCUCUUGCAUUCACCGCAUUUGGAGUUGGACCACGAAAUUGCGUUGGAAUGCGUUUAGCAUUAGUGGAAAUAAAAAUAUUACUCACAAGAUUAUUGAAACAAUACACAAUCGUUAAAACUGAUAAACUUGAGGAAAAUCUAAACAUUACUGAAUUAACGGUCAUUACACCUUCAGAAAUUUAUAUUAAACUUGAAAAACGGCAACAGUAA